AUGUCCGACGAUGAUUUGUUGAAAGAACUUGCUCCGCAAAAAAUCACGGCAGUCAGAAGGAUCACCAAGAAAACCGCAACAGAGAUCGUUGGAACGGCAACAAUUGUGUUAACAAUAAAUUCGACAGUGGUACCCGAAUACAUCAACUUCGGUUUUAUUCGCCUAAGGACCCGCCUCUAUUACCCUCAACCGCUGAUAUGCCGACAUUGCCUCAAGUAUGGACACCCAAAAAACAAAUGUGUAGCCGAACAAUCAUGCAUUGUUUGCUCCGAGUCUCACAGCAGCGAUAAUUGUACCGCCACAACAUCACACUGUGGAAACUGUAAAGGUAGCCAUUCUCCACUCGAUCGUAAAUGCCCAGUAUAUGUGUACGAAACCGCAGUGCUUAAAAUCAAAACCGAAAAGAACAUCACACUCACAGCCGCUCGUAAGUUAGCCGAAUCACAAAACACCACCAGCACCAGUUACGCAGCAAUCGUCAAACACCACAGCGAUCUUCAUUUCCAACAGAAGAAACGAAACCAACAGACGGAAAAAAAUACCCAACCUGCCCCAUCGAGUCAACAGAACGAUAACCAACAACAACAACAACAACAACAGCAGCAGAAACGAAAUCAUCACCCGACGGAAAUUAAAACUGCAGAAAUAACACACUCGACUAUUUCACCUCCUCGUAAAAAAUGUACAUCUCAGCCAUCCCCGAUGGUAUCUGAAGAUGAAUCUUCAAAGGAACCUCAACGCGAAAGCGAUAAGCUUCACACGAAUUCCGUGACACGGAAAUUGAACAGUGAAAACAGUUCCUAUACCCCUCCUAUCCCAUCCACUUCCCCUUCAAACCCCUUCCAACCCAUUAGUUUAAAGAAAAAAUUUGAUCCUCGGCCUAUUAGAACUUGUAAAAAGUAA